AUGUAUAUCUGGCAGACGGUAUGGCUAAACCCGAGUCUUGAAGAGUUAGAGCUGGAAAUGACGCUGGAGCCGUGCCUUCGUAGUAAUUUCUCUACCUGGUUAUCCAUCAAGGGGGGUUGGAUUCAACGUCACAAGCCAGAUGUAUCUAGGAGCUCGUACUAUGGUGACCAUGGCCAAGGCACCGUCCACCGCCGUAUUGGAAUCGGCGACUAUCUUGACAAUUCGCCAUCGCGUAUGCUAAAAAGCGUGCGGCAAUCAUGGGUAGCACUCUCGUUUCGUCGUCGACGCGGAUCCCUAUCGGCUCUUCAACCCACACCGUCUGCGCUUAAUCAAUUUAAGAAGGACUGCAUCGAUCAGGGCUUUGCACUACCAGAGCGUAUGCGGGAGCAAGUGGUCAUCUCUCAGCCGGAAAAUGUGGCCGAGAAGGCGAAGAUUGCCCGGGAAAUCAAGUCUGGAGAGGUCAAGCUAAUUGACCUUGGGACAAAGAAGAAGCCAGAGGCUUAA